GAGAAAGUAGUUUGAUCUUGCCCUUCCAACCACAUCACAGGAAGUGGAAAUUGUUGAAAUGAAGUUCGGGGAAAUGCCCAUGAGGAAUGGCAACAAAAAGAUCCCUGGACAAUCUGGUUGAAGCUGCAAAUAUGAUCGAGAAAGCGAGAGGUGAUUUAAAACCUUUGCUGGAGGGCAAAGCAGUGAUGUCAUAUUUCAAAGAGCAAUGGCUGAUCAGUCAUCUGGAAACCCUGGUAGCCCCAUAACUGAUUCUUUAAGAAGUGCCUACAGACAGAAUCACAAUGUUUUAGAAAGACACAGACGAGCUCAAAUGAGAUGUAAUUUCAAUAUGUUACAAGACCUGCUACCAUCACUGGCUGGUCAGAAAGCAUCCAAUGUGAAUAUACUUAAAGAAGCAACUGAUGUCAUUUUGAAAUUAAGGAAAGAAGAUAUGAUGCGUCAGUCAGAGAAAGCAAAAUUAGUUAAGUACAAAGAAUGUUUAAAAGCAAAAAUAAAACUUCUUCAAGAUUCAUGUAAGACAAAAUAUUCAAACAAAAGCAGCACAAUAGAAAUAGAGGCAAUAGAUCGGCCAGUAAAAAGACAUUUGGAACCCCACAUCGCUAAUGAACCAUCCACAUCUGAAGUCGGUGUAAAUACGGAGUUGACUUUAUUUGAUGCUGAGGAUGAGAAUAUAACCUGGGGAAAUGAUGAGGAAUUGCACAUAGAAAUUGAGGAUUAACAGGCCUGCCAUAUGAUGAUGGUGAAAGAGAUCUGCUAUCUAGGCUUGGUAUUUAAUGGCAAGGAUGCCAAAAUGUGGUGAUCAAUGCUGUUUUCAUACCUUGACCUGCACUCUGUUUGGAAAUCAUGGAGCAUGUGGAGAUUACACGGACUUGAUAUAUAGUCACACUUGCACUCACAGAACACUCAAAGGCAAAGAACAGAAAAAAUUAUGUUUAAUAAUGUGAGUCAAAUCAAUGGAGGCAAAUGGCUCAAGAGAUUUCAAGGACCAAGGAAAAAUAUGACUCCUUGUUCAUGACCAAAAUGACAAUCAAAGAGGUGUUCCUUUUAGAUGAAAGAAUCAACAUGUACAGAUGAACAGGGCUUAAGUUUAGUGUGACUGACCAGGUGAAGAAUCCUAAACGAUGUAUCGGACCAAUACAGAUAUCUAGAAUUUAUAAAUAUUAUGAGUUAUCAUACUUCAUCCAAAACCUGAAAGUGAAUUGUAAGAAUUUUGCAAAGCAGCAAAAACAUGAAAUGAUAGUUGCAAACUUAAAGCCAAGGUGCAAGUUCUUUAUCUGUCUGCUGGAAUAAAUAAGUUUUAUCUGCCUUUCUUUGGGUCAGAAAUUGCUAGGACUCAAAUCUUUUCUUGUGACAAUAUAUUUUUGACAUAACUGCAUAACAGUAAGCAUAAAAUGAUGUACAAUACUUUGAAUUUCAGUUCAGUUGUAAAGGAGAAAUCAAAUUGACUAGGAAUUCUUAGUAGUUGCAAUGCUUUCUGUAGUGAAGACCACAUGUUUCCUAGUCAUCAGAACUAUGCAUUGUUUUUCAGUUGUAUGGUUAUCCGAUCAUAAUUCACAUGAAGUGCA